UUUCCGAACUUGGUGGACGUCAUCCCAGCUAGUCUUCACGUCACUGUGAUCUUCUUCUGCGGCGUGAUCAUCCUCUUCUCCUCUGUGGCCACAGGCUUCUUUAUGUACAAUGCCUUUGGUAGUCCCUAUGAGACUCUGCACGGACCUCUGGGACUCUACCUCUGGAACUUCGUCUGCUGUAAGCACAUAAAAGUAAUAGUGUCAUAAAAAAACAACAUCUUAACCUUUUCUUUCUAGAGUGCUGUCCUAUCCUUCAUGUGGUAGCCGAAUCCCCUUCUAAGCUGUGAACCAGCAGCCUACCAUAUGAACAUUGGCUAAGCACAAGGCCCCAUACUCUGCAACAUAAGCACAAAAUCUAACAUACCGCUCACAUCACAGGUAGAUGUAGGCAAACAGCUCUCUCUUACACACAUGCAUUCCAUCUUCAGAUAUAAAUAUGAUAAUGGAGCCACGUUUAUUGGUUCUAACAUGCAUCCUUUGUCCGGAUCUUGUCCACAUUCUGAUUGUGCCCACAUUUUCUGAAAGGUGUAGACGAUUAAAAGAUGCAUUGUGAUCUGAUUGUGAUCAGAUUUUCCUGACCACCUCUGGAUGUAGUCAGGCACGCAUAUGUGUCUGGAUAUCUUACAAGUGUAGACGGAUCUGGACAGUGAAAUAAUUUAAAUAAUCAUUAUCCCACCCUCAAAUCAUUGACAGGUGGCACCAUUGUGUCUUAAAAUAAAUACAUAUUAUUUUCAAAGAAAAGCUGUCAAAUAAUUUGCAUACAGGAAGGGACCAGGAAUUCUGGUCACAGUGUGUAGACUAAUUUCUGAAAAUGUGGGCCCAAUCAAAAUGUGGACAAGAUCAGGACGCAUGUUAGCCCCAGGUAUUAAUGGGGCAAUAGAGAAGGUCAGGACGCAUGUUAGCCCCAGGUAUUAAUGGGGCAAUAGAGCAGUGGUUCUCAACCAGGGGUAUUAGUACAUUUUACAUUUACAUUUUAGUCAUUUAGCAGACGCUCUUAUCCAGAGUGACUUACAGUAGUGAGUGCAUACAUUUUCAUACUGGGCCCCCGUGGGAAUCAAACUCACAACCCUGGCGUUGCAAGCGCCAUGUUCUACCAACUGAGCUACACGGGACAGCCGUACCGCUUGGGGGUACUUGGCCUAUCCACAGGGGGUACUUGAGAAGACUCAUGAGACCAUAUGCUUACUGGUAAAAUGCACAUGAAAGGGGUACUUCAGGGGUACUCUGGACAGACCAAAAUGUACUUUGUGGUACUGUAACCAAAAAAGGUUGAGAACCACUGCUGUAGAGAACAUUGGGGUCCAACAAAGUUGUCCUUCAACACUUCAACAUUAGUUAUAAAUGCAUAUCAGAGACGUUCAAACACAACAGUCAAGCCAUGAGUGGUCGGCUGUACAUCAUUGAGAAAAUUAUCCACUUUCCUAUUGCCUUUUUCAGCUUUAAAACCAGUAUCCGGUUACCCACUAUUUAAUCAGGACAGUGGGCUACUUGACCUCCCAUCCAAAUAAGAAACAGCACCAGAGUUAAAGGAGUUAUUUCUCAGUUAUCUGUAACUGAGGCCCUACCUUUAGCGGGCCUAUUAAAUCAAAACCGCUUACCAGGUUUCAGGGGCAAAACAAAACAGUUAUUACACUAGAAUGCAAGAUUGGAUUCAUCUGAUCAGUGAACCUAUAUUUACAAUGAUGUAAAACAUGUCACCAUGAUAAUUAAAAUCUCACGUAGCAGUAAAUGGCCUACGCUUAAUUGUUUUGGUAACCUGUUUGUGAUUGCAACUACUGUAGCGUUCACAUAUUUCCUUUUAAUGUGGCGUGGGCGGGAAGUGAUGUCAACUGUAAUAAUGUAAUAAUGUUGUGUGUGUGUCGUGUCUGUCUCUGUCUGUCUGUCUGUCUGUCUGUGUCUGCCAUUCUGUCUGUCUGAAUAGGCUUCUGCAGCUGCCUGGUGAUGAUUCUGUUUGCCUCCGAGGUGAAGCUCCACCGGCUGUCCGACCACAUCGCCAACUUCAACGAGGGCACGUUUGUGUACAAGACGCACACAGAGCAAUUUGAUCACUCCUUCUGGCUCAUCUUCCUCACCUUCCUCGUCCAUGGCCUUAACAUCCUGCUGAUCCGUGUGGCCGGCAUCCAGUUCCCCUUCCAGGAGGCCAAAGAGUCGGACUUGAACACCGGGGCAUCAGAUCUCAUGUACUGA